GAGACGUUUCAGACAGCUAUGUAGGCUCCUGAUGUCUAUAUAAGUCAUACCCGGCGUCGAAGUCGAAGUCAAGAGUAGACAGUUAUCAAUCAUACCAUCUCAUCUCAUCUCAUCUCAUAUCAACCUUUCUCUUUAUUGUCCAGCCUAGUCCCCUGAAGUUUAUCUGGCGCAGCCGCCUUUCAUACAUCUCUAUACCUAGCACCGAGCACUUAACACCAAAAAUGGCCAUCACAGCCUCUACCGUGCCCCGCGGCCCCGUAACCGCCAAGAUCAACUUCAACAACCGGCCAGCCCCCGGCGUCGUAGCCGUCAACUACGUAGACAAGCCACCAGCGGGCGAGCCCCAGCGCAACCUCACCGUCGACGCGCACGACGUCACCAUCAUCGACGUCCGGGGCCGGGAGUCCGAGUACACGCUAGACCGGGACGCCUUCCAGAUCGUGCAGGGGUUGCCGCCGUCAGCCGAGGAGACCGGGUCCGGCUCCGGAUUCACGGACGAUGCUUCCAUCGCCGCCAACUACUACCCCGAGGUUGAGAAGCUACUGCUCGACAACAUCCCGGGCAGCAACCGGGUCUUCAUCUUCGACCACACCGUCCGACGGGCUGACCCGGACGCACCGCGUCGUCCCGUGCUUACGGCACACAUCGACCAGACGCCCUACUCAGCUGAGAAGCGUGUGCGGCGACACUUGGGAGAUGACGCGGAGAAGCUAUUAAAGGGGCGAUACCGCAUCGUCAAUGUAUGGCGUCCGCUGAACAAGAACCCCGUCGAGGCGACGCCCCUGGCCUUCGCGUCGAGCUCCUCCUUGAACGAUGAAGACGUUAUUCCCGUGGAGCACCGGUACCCUUCCGGGUAUGUCGGUCAGACAGCUGCUAUUGCGUACAACCCCAACCAGAUGUGGCACUACCUCAGCGGCAUGACCGGUGAUGAGCGUCUGCUACUCGAGUGCUUCGACAGUGAAGGUACCAAGGAGAAUUCUGGUGUAGCUGGUGGACGAUUACCUCAUACUGCUUUCGAAGACCCCAGGACGAGGCCGGAUGCAGAAGGGAGGGAGAGUAUCGAGGUACGGGCACUAGUAUUCGGGCCUUAAAGAUGUGACAUUUAAAAUCAAUAUUAUACGAGUUUAUGGUUCCCUUAGGUACCUAGUUAGGACAUUUUAAUAAUGGUAUCGUUCAGCAUUGCUUUUUUUAUGACGGGAUCGCUAUAUGUAAAAAUUCUAAAUCUAAUGUUCCCGAGCGCCUAUUCAUGGAUGGUGCCAAUUCCUAUCACGACCCGGGAUAUGCCU